AUGAAGGCUUGGCAAAGAAUGACCCACUGGCGUUGGUGCAGCUCAAAAUGGUCGACGGCGAAGACUCCGCCGCAAGAAGGAUCGGCGCAGGCCGAAGAAGAGACUACGCCACCAGCAAAAGCGGCGGCAGCACACAUGAUCUUGUUCGCAGGUGAGCUUGGGGGCAUCUUGCCGCGGGUUGGGCAGGUUCAACCCGACGGCAAUGGAGAGGAGGAGAAGACAAAGGUUGAUCCAUCCCGACAAUCCUACGGACCCAAGGAGUCCCCGGGUGAAGACCCCGUCGACGAGAGACUGCUGAGAAAGCAUGAAGGGUUGGUGCGCACGGGCAACGAAGAGGAGAUGAUCGAGGGACUGCAUGUGUCCUUGCUAAAGCUACACGACAUUCCGCGGAGAAGCGAGGAGAUGGCCGCGGCCCGGUUGAAGGCCGUUGAGGACGAGAAGGCGGCCUUUGAGGUGGCCAAAAGAGAAGAGAAAGCGAAGACGACGAUGCAGGAGAAAACCAUGCAUUUCCUUCGUCGGACGAAUAUCCAGGCGCAAUCCGUGGAGAUGAGCUGCGAAAUCAGGUGGAGCGGGUUGGCAUUACUGGUGGAAAAAAACUUGCGGAAGCAGGUGGCAACGCUAACGCAGUCGCUCAGCCAGCAAGCCGGCGAAAUUCGAAGUCUCUCGACUCAGCUGCAGGGUCUAGAGGUGAACAAAGUGCCGCUCAUUGGGGGUCUUAUCACCGUCUUGAGCAGCCAGGGUGCAAGUGCCACGUUUAUCCCCCUGGGUAUCGCCCAUCCAGACUGCACCCGGCUGCGGGCCGACUUCUACCCCGGGCUGCAACCUUGCGACAUUUGCUUGCAAGGCUUCAAGCUCGGGAAGACCUCGACGCGGUUCGGGCCGGGAGUGUACUUCAGCAAGUCCGCUACCAAAGCCAGUUCGUACGCUUUGGGCACUGAGGAGAAGGAGAACGGGAAUAAAUUGCGAUGCAUCUCCGUGGCAGACGUGGCGAAGGGGAGAGCCUACAUCACCAAGAAGAAAGGGUUUGACGCUAGCAGGUACCCACCCGUAGGCCACGACUCCGUCCAGGGUGAGGUGAGGAGAGGGCUUAUUCGAUAA